ACCUCCUCUAAACUACAACUCCCAUCAGUAAGUGUGUGGAGGGUGUGGAACGGAUCUGCUGUGUUGGAGAUAUAGAGAACGGUGAGAUUCGCCUACAACAUUAGGAAGCAUUGUGUGUCUCUUUUAGCCCAGCCAUCAAACACAGUCCUCUAGGUGCUGUUGCUCCAUUUCUUAGUAAAUUUGAAUUGUAAAUAUGACAGAUCACCCCAAUAACUUUCCUCCAUUGCCUAAAUUCAUCCCUUUACGGCCCUGCUUUUACCAGAAUUUUGAUGAAGAUAUUCCACCAGAGCACAGGACCCUGGUACGGCGGAUCUACCACCUUUGGAUAUUUUAUUGCAUCUCCCUUGCUGUGAACCUAGUUGCGUGCCUAGCAUGGUGGAUCGCUGGAGGCUCUGGUACAAAUUUUGGGCUGGCCUUUCUCUGGUUGAUCUUGUUCACUCCAUGUGGAUACGUGUGCUGGUUUCGGCAUGCAUACAAAGGAUUCAGAUCUGACAGCUCCUUUAGCUUUAUGGCUUUCUUCUUUGUAUGUGGGGCACAGUUUGUCCUCUCAGUCAUCCAAGCUAUUGGAAUUUCAGGAUGGGGAGCUUGUGGCUGGCUGGCAGCUGUAGGCUUCUUCAACACCAACGUGGGAGCUGCAGUGGUGAUGCUGUUUCCUGCUGUGCUCUUUACAGUCUCUGCUGUUGUAACAGCUCUGGUACUUAUCCGGGUGCACAGGCUCUAUAGAGGAGGUGGAGGAAGCUUCCAAAAGGCUCAAGAUGAAUGGAAGAGCGGCGCAUGGAAGAGUAAUCCAAACCAAAGUGAUCAGUACUCCAAUUUCACUGGGCCAACUCUGCCACAGUACCCUACAGUGCCAAGCUACCCUACUGGUGCACAGUGGCCUUGAGCUCCUCUCCAUUGGGUUUAUAUUGGUGCAAGAUUUUCCUAUUGAGGCCAAACACUGCACAGUUUGCACCUAUAAAACUGUAAUAGCCUAUACUGGAUUGGCUGUAAUUACAUAAGGCAAUAGAUGAGCUGGACCCAACAGGAAAAAAACCCUCCUAGUUUCAUAUUCUCAAGUCCAGGAAAAGCAGCAAUGCUGUAAAUGGAAAAGAAGGCAGAUGAAGUGGGAUAAAAUAUUCAUUCUGCUGUGAAUUAGAACAAAAAACCCCCCAUAUAAAUGGUUUUGAAUAGACACACUAAACAUUUUACCAUGAUACCAUAAUAGGGAGCAUAACUUCACAUUUAUUUCAAAUUAAUUGUUGCAGUUCAAAUUUAUUUUUCUCCCAAAAUUACCAUCUUCAAUAGGCCUUGAGUUAAUUUAACAUUCUUUGUGUGUGUGUAUAAAUAUAUAUAUAUAUAUAUAUAUAUAUAUAUAUAUAUAUAUAUAUAUAUAUUUAAACCUCACCACGUUUUGUACAUUUUGUAAACAUUGCUUCUCGACCAUUAUUAAUAUUAAAUAGUAAUUUUCUUGAAUAUACUCUUAAACAUUAUAAAAUCAUAAAUAAUGUGUUACCUCUUGAUAUUAUAUACUGACGUUUUUGUUAAUAUUUUGGAUAGAUCUUUGGUCUAAAAUCAUUUUUACGAUUACCAUUUGUACGUCUUAAGUAUUCUGCUUCUUGCUCUAUUAACAUACUUACAAGCAUUGUUUUGGGUAUUGUGUAUGAGUAGGAAGAAAACUGUGUGAGUGCCUUAUUGCAUUUCAAAAAUGUUUACAUGGUAAGUGAUUGUAGAAUUAGACUGGAAUUCUUUAGUGCUAAUAUUAUUAAAAUUUUUAUUUGAAAUCCA